UCCUUCCUUCCUCCUUUCCUUCCUUCCUCCCUCCCUCCAUUCCUUCCUUCCUUUCUUCCUUCCUUCCUUCUAUCUUUCAGACCUCUUUCCAUCCCUUCCAUAACCCAUAAUCCUUUGUUCCUUGCUUUCUUCCACCUAACCCUACCAAUAUCACAUACAUCACAGUAAACCAGUUGGCCAGCGGUCUUCUUCUGUAAAGGUUCAAGCUAAAGGUAUAUUCCCAGGUUCUAAGGUGAUAAAUGGAAGGGACUCAGAAGAUGAUGUGGGAUCCAUGACAGGUAUCGUCAUCAUGGAUCAUCAUAUGAAUGACGAUAUACCAGUGGGUAAAGUUCUUGUUGAAUGGGGUGGUCAAUCAGCAAUAAAUAUYGAACACAGACUCGGUUUUGAUGGAAAGGUUGAUCUGAAGCUGGAAAGAUCUGUCCCUGACAUCUACUACUACAGGGAUCACCUGAUGAUUCCGAGAAUUCKCGUGCGUACUGAUGAAAGGYUUCAAGUUAAAGACAAGGUGACAGUGCACUUGGACCUCGACGAUCUGCAUCAAAUGAUAAAGGCUAAAUAUGACGGUCACUGGGAUGCCGACAUGGAAAGGGGAAUAACUGAAGAAGGUAUUGUGGAAUAUAUUGAUGAAAAUGGAGUUGAGGUUAAAUUUAAAGCCCUGAAAGAAACUUUGCUGUUUCCCCAUGAAUGUCUCUCCAAGGUAAGAGUGUAAUGUUGAAACGAAUAGCCCACCCAGACUGAUCAUAUGGUCUUCCGUGCAGGAAAAGGCAUAUCUUUUGCUCCAGGCCGAAUUUGAGUAAGAACAAUAGUCAUUCAGACUGUAAAUUUGUUUUUGGAGAAAGGAUCUAUCAUGGCCAUGCGUCUUUGCGCUCCCAAUACUUGAUGAGUAAUUAGAAAAAAUGUUGUACAGAUGAAAAUAGGAAUUCAGUUACCUUCAUYGGUCAGGUUAUUGUCCAUGCUUUUUUUAAUAAUGGUGGUGGCAACGGAAAGCUCGGGUCUGCUAACCAUCACUUUCAUCGUCGUCAUCAUCAUCAUCAUCAUCGUUGACCACCUUCAUCACCAUGGUAUAGGUAUCAUCAUAACCAUCAUAUCAUUGUCACCAUUGAAUCAUCACCAUUAUCUUUAGG